GUCUCGGGCGUGCAAACCUGUGUUACCACACUGCCCCUCCAAUGGACUCAGUCUCGAUUCUUCAGCAUCGUGGAUCCUGAAUUCACAUAAAGUCAAUCUCUGGGUGGGUCAUAUCCAUCAUUCGAGUCGUAUAAUGUUGUCCAAAACGACACGAGGGUCAUCAUGAUGAGUACAUCAUCCGCUCGCUUCUUCGAUCCUGGACCGACCACUUCCAGAUCGUUGGACGCCCAUGGCGAACUGAUUGCCAGCCUUACAAGAAUCAAUGCAUACAACCCCCCAGUGCAGACAUGUUCCACCGGCUGGACAUUUCACGGUCUCUACGCGGGCCCGACUUCUGUCGCUUAUCUAUUCUUCCGACUCUCUCAGUUGUACCCAGAUUUAAUGUUCAAAGGCCAAUCACUGCAAGACUGGGCAGAAGCAUAUCUUGCUCUUGGAUCCUCGCGUGUUCGAGAGAAGGUCGACGCCAAUCAUUGCGGCAUCGGAAGUGAGGUGUUGUCUCAAGUCGCACUGAGGGCCGCGGUCGAACAGGACCCGAGUCUGGCGCAGUCGCUGUGCGCUUGGGAGCGAGUCAUCAAUGACAAAGACACGACAGGGUCUAACGAAUGGUUGUAUGGUCGAGCCGGCUAUCUCUAUCUACUCAGGCUGACUCGAUCGGCAUUUCUGCAAGAUGCCAGAACAUUGGAUCUGAUCAAUAGAGUCAUAGAAAAGACAGUCCAACGGAUUCUUUCUGCCCAACAGCCCUGGCUCUGGCACGACAAGAACUACCUUGGUGCCGUCCAUGGGACAUUUGGCAUCCUCUGCCAGAUUGCCGUCUCCUCACCAUCUUCGGCCCCGGCGCUUGAACCCGUGGUAUCUGACUUGCUCAGUAGACAGUUUCCCAGCGGCAACUUCCCGUCUUCUCUGCCCGCCAGAGAUGACAAACUUGUGCAAUUCUGCCAUGGCUCACCUGGUGUUGUACUAUGUUUGAGAUCCUUACGACCCUAUCUCCCUGGCCUCCAUGAUCGAAUCGACAGUGCCAUCACAAAAGCACAGACGGAUAUUCAGACUCGAGGCAUUCUCAUCAAGGACCCGUGCUUAUGUCAUGGGAUCACCGGGAAUGCACUGGCCCUGGAUAAUCCUGCACAGUUUGAGCGAUUCCUGUCCUUGACUUCAAGUCUGAGUCUCGAAAAGCAUGGCUGGCUGACCGAAGCGGGUUGGGAUGAUGAGUUUGUGGGGCUAUUCAUUGGCGAAGCCGGGAGAGCCUGGCUGUGGGCUGUCGCAGAGAAGGGAAUCGAGAGGACUUGCAUAGGAUUCAAUGAUUUAUAGAUCGUCAAUC